CUAUGAAGACUGCUAAACCUACUGUUAAUGGUGGAACUGAUGCAAUUCAAGGAAUUCCAACAGGAUUGGACUUGAAGAGUUAUUCAGAAACCCCCAUAUCACCAUCAAAGUUGUUUGAAGUAGUUGCUGAUGACCUGCAGACACUCAACAAAAAUCUUCAAUCGAUUGUAGGUGCAGAAAAUCCAGUUUUAAUGUCUGCAGCUGAGCAGAUAUUUAGCGCCGGUGGGAAGAGGAUGAGACCGGCUCUGGUGUUCUUGGUGUCACGGGCUACAGCAGAGCUACUUGGCUUGAAGGACCUUACUGUCAAGCAUCGACGGUUAGCAGAGAUAAUCGAAAUGAUUCAUACUGCAAGUUUGAUACACGAUGAUGUACUAGAUGAGAGUGACUUACGACGAGGGAAGGAAACUGUUCAUCAAAUGUUCGGAACAAGAGUGGCAGUGUUGGCCGGAGACUUCAUGUUUGCACAGUCGUCAUGGUAUCUCGCCAACCUUGAAAAUAUCGAAGUUAUUAAACUUAUCAGUCAGGUUAUUAAAGAUUUUGCAAGUGGUGAAAUAAAGCAGGCUUCUAGCUUGUUUGAUUGUGAUGUUGAACUCGACGAGUAUCUAAUUAAGAGCUACUAUAAGACAGCCUCUUUGAUUGCUGCCAGUACCAAAGGAGCUGCAAUUUUUAGUGGCGCCGACCGAAACAUCACUGAGAAAAUGUUUGAAUAUGGAAAGAAUCUGGGUCUAUCCUUCCAAGUUGUGGAUGACAUAUUGGAUUUUACACAAUCGGCCGAGCAACUAGGCAAACCUGCAGGCACUGACCUUGCCAAAGGUAACCUCACUGCACCGGUGAUUUUCGCCUUGGAAAAAGAACCAAAGUUGAGGGACAUCAUUGAAUCAGAAUUCAGCGAGACCAGUUCCCUUGACGAAGCCAUCAAGUUGGUCAAGAGUUGUGGUGGCAUCGAAAGGGCGCAAGAAUUGGCAAAAGAGAAAGCUGAUCUUGCUAUUCAGAGUCUUCAAUGCCUUCCUCCAAGCAUAUUUCGAUUAGCUCUUGAGGAUAUGGUAGCCUAUAACCUUCAGAGGAUUGCAUGAGCAUUUGUAUUGCAGAGAACAUAUUAUUGAAAAGAAAAUCAGAAGAACAUUCUUUGAUACUAAUAGAAGGAUGAGAACCAUGACAUUUGAACUUAUGUCAUUUCAAGAAUUUCCAGCCUUAAUAUAUUUGCAACUUGCAAAUUAAAUUACAUGGAAAAUAAUAUAUAUAUAUAUACUCCAUUGUUGUAUAAACAGCAUGUCUGCAAUAUUUUUUUCCCCAUUGUUCUUUUCUGAGAUCUUGAAAACAGUGAGGGGAGGGAAAAGAUGAUAAAUUGUCUUUUGUAUCUUUUUCUUCUAUAUUUUGUGAAGAUACCAUACAAUUGAGCUUGUGAAAUCAUCAUUUCUCGUCACCA